AGCGCACACUCUAGCCGCCCCGGGCCUUGAUUUCAACAUCUGAGAGCAGCACCCACGACCGCAUCCCCCCCAUCGCCAACCUCUUGUCGUUCACAGCACCGCCGACAAGAUGCCUACCCGUUUCUCCAAGACCAGGAAAGCCCGCGGUCAUGUCUCCGCCGGUUACGGACGUAUCGGCAAGCACCGCAAGCACCCCGGUGGUCGCGGUAUGGCCGGUGGUCAGCACCACCACCGUACCAACCUCGACAAGUACCACCCCGGUUACUUCGGUAAGGUCGGUAUGAGGUACUUCCACAAGACCCAGCAGCAGUUCUGGAAGCCCACGAUCAACCUCGACAAGCUGUGGAGCCUUGUCCCCGCCGAGAAGCGUGAGGCCUACCUGAGCGGCCAGAAGACCGACACCGCCCCCGUUAUCGACCUCCUUCCCCUGGGCUACUCCAAGGUCCUCGGAAAGGGCCGUAUCCCCGAAGUCCCCGUCGUCGUUCGCGCCAGAUACUUCAGCCGGGAUGCCGAGAAGAAGAUCAAGGAAGCCGGUGGUGUCGUUGAGCUGGUGGCUUAAGAUGGAAUGACAACGGAAGGACAAAGUACUGGGCGGGUGCUGCGCUGGCCACGGUCAGUGUAAUAGAGGAUCAGUCUCAUCAGGAAAGGGAUCUGAGAACUCGACAAUGGGAACCGCGGAUCGAAACGCAUUGGUCCGUGUAUUUAACAAAAAUAAAGGGUCUUUGUUUGCGAUGAGCAUGUUGUGGCCUCCAGACGCCCUUACGAUCUCACUCUAUUAAACAAAAUACCAUCAGUGACGUUUUGAUUUUUUCCCCCCGAUUCCUCGCUUCGCCCAAUUCUCCCCAAAGUCACUUGAUCCUGAAACCUG